AUGGCGAACAGUAGGAAGCAACGCCCGUCGCUCUUUUGCGAAUGGGUAGUUGGAACCACCAUCGAGUCCGCCCUCGGACCCAUCCCCAAGAAACCAAAGAAACCGAAGAAGCGCGACGUCGUCAGAGUCGAGGUCACCACAGAUGACGAAUCUGAGGAGGACACCAUCAAGAUCACCUACCCGCGCACCGGACGCAGCACCCCGCCUCCCCAAGAAGCCAAGACCAUUGUUAAGAGGGUUCGCUUCGAAGACACCCCCAAGUCGGCUUUGAAGAAGUCUCCCACUCCCCUGGAAGCAUCAGACGAAGCGUCCGACUCUGGUUCAGAGCCGGAAUCAGACUCGAGUCAGUCGGAUAAUGCAUCGAGCUCGGACGCCAGUGACUCUGACGCAGAGAACUCAGACAAUGCCCCAUCCCCCAAGAAGAAAAAGAAGAAGAAGGCCAAGCAGAAGCCAGUGGCAGACGACGCCGAAAGCGACUGGGACUCGGACCCAGACCCUACUUGUGAGUGUCGGCGAUGCACCAAGGGGCGAGAGAUAUUGAGGAGGAUAGGCAAGAAACAUAGCAAAGAUAGCACUUCCCCUAGCACACAGCCCCCCGAUUCUGAACCCGAAGAACCCCCCAAGCCCAAGAAGAAGGAGUGUGGUAAGGAAAAGAAGGGUGGCAAGAAGGCUAAGGAACCAGAGCCCGAGACGGACACCUCUGAAUCUGCUGAGGAGACUUCAGAGUCUGAAUCAGAGUCACCUCCCAAGAAGCAGCAGCCAAAGAAGGAACAACCCAAGAAGCAAGGGAAGAAGAACACCAAAGUCGAGGAGUCAACCAGCGGAGGCGAGACAUCUGAGUCGGAAGCUGAGUCCCCCAAGCCUAAGACGAAGAAGAAAGGGUCCCCCAAGUCGGACGCGAAGGAGGACGAAACGCCCGAGGAAUCGGAGACUGAAGCUGAGCCUUCUGACUCGACAAACGAAACAGAAGCAGAGAGCGGGCCCGAACCCGAGCCGAAAAAGAAGCAGAAGCAGAAGAACAAAGGCAAGACUAAGGCUGAUAGUCCCAAGAACGAAGACGAAAAUAAGGAAGCCAAACAGGACCAGAAAGGCAACAAGCAGAAAAACAAAGGGAAGCAGAAGGCCGGAAAGCAAGCCAAGAAAGCACCCGACCAGCCAGAAGAUAAAGCUGAAGACGAGGAGGCUGCCGAAACUCCGAACGAGGAGAACCAAGGCAAGUACAAAAGUGCAAGAGGGAAGAGGACCAAGGAGGGGGAUAAGGAGAAUGCAGUGCCGAAGGGUAUGGUUCUCAAGAAUUCCAGGCAUCAAAAUGGAUUCUUCUUGGGACACCAUCCCCAAGGCCUGCUUUUGCCGCAUCCUCGCCAUCCUCGACUCAUUGAGCCGAUCCGCGCCCAAGUCGUCCAGACACCAUCAGACCCGGUACCAAAUGCUUACUACGAUCCAGAAAACAACGUCAUGAGGCAGCACCAAGACCCCCCGACUGGAAACAACCAUGGCUAUCUCUAUCCGGCGCACAACGCCUUCAGUGGCACACCACCUCCUGGCAUGCCUCCUGUGCCUCAGACCCCCUUCUACUAUGGCUUCAACCAGCCCCAGCCUCAACCAGGUUAUGGUCAGUACCUACCGUAUCAUCAGUACUACCACCCCAUGCCACCACAGGAGGGAUAUGCGCAUGUGCCUAUCACCCAGGGGAUGCCUGGACACGUAUGGCCUGCUGUGAGUGGUCCUCAAGGAUUUCCUCCGGCCCUCCCUAUGGGCCAUGGGGUACAGGCCAACCCUCAAGUCAUGGGCGGGACGGAGAACGCUGCUCUCCCACCCAGCAAAGACAAGGACAAGACGAGCCAGAACAAUGUUAUGCCGCCAGGCCUUACCGGCCAGAACAACCCCUAUCUUCCCCAGCGCGCAGGAUCUGUUUUCAAAAACUAUGGCAGUCAUGGCGCUCGCACUGCUUCCAAGGGUGAUGGAUCUGCCCGCGCUGGGUCGAACAACUGGAACAACAAUGUCACAACAUGGAACGAUGGAAAUGGCAACAACCAGCAGAAUAGCCAGACUGAUUGGAACCCGGUGCCUGACCAUAGCCAGAAUGGAAGUGGACAGAACGACAACACUUGGGGGCAGGAUCAGGAUCAAAAUCAGGAUCAGAAUGGGAACGGGAACAAUGGCUGGGAUGCGGGCAGUGGGAAACAAGAAGACAACGGGCAGAAAUGGGCCUCGGGGUCGAACGGAAGCAACGGGACAGUUCGAAAGAGGCGUGAUGAUCACUGGGGCAACGAUACUCAUCUUGGAGGCAAUAUAACCUGGGAGGAACAGAAAGACACCGUUCCCAGCACAACGGGCCCGGCGGCAGACAACAACGUAGUGGGCUGGGACGUUGUUACCGACCGCGUGGUGGAGGAGGUUUCGCCCGAUUCGAGAAAGAGUGACAAGGGGAAGGAUGAAGAGAAGCCCGACAACGUUAUGCCUGGGUCAUGGGUUGAGACUCCUGGUGGUGUGCCUGCUUGGGGAGACGUUAAUGCGGCCGUGGAUACACAGGGAGGAAUCGUCUGGUGA